AUGAAUAAUACUAAGCCUAAAAACACAAGAAAAAGAAAUAGAAAAUUAGGAUCGAGAGCAUAUAGAAAUUAUUCAGAGAAAAUAUUAGAAUUAGCAGUUGACAUGGUAGAAAAUAGCAGGAUGUCAAGUCGGGAGGCAGAAAAGAGGUUCGGAAUCCCUCGACGGACGAUAUUGAACAAAGUUAAAAAAAAUCACUUGAAACCAGCUGGAGGACAAAAGAAACUCACUGAAGAAGAGGAAGAAAAACUGGCAAAUGUGUUGUUAGCUUCAGCAGAUUACGGCAGUCCCAUGUCGAAAAUGGAUAUAAAAAUGUUGGCAAUUUACCCAGUGAUACUUGGGUGGAAGGAUUUUUAA